AUGGCUCCCAAGAUCGCGAUCGUUUUUUAUUCCAUGUACGGCCACAUCCGACAGCUUGCUGAGGCCGAGAAGGAGGGCGUUGAGAAGGCCGGAGGCACGGCCGACCUUUACCAAGUCCCCGAAACCCUGCCCCAGGAGGUCUUGGACAAGAUGCACGCCCCUCCAAAGCCUGCUGACAUUCCUAUCCUCGAAGACCCCAGCAUCCUCCAGCAGUAUGAUGGCUUUCUCUUGGGCGUGCCGACCCGUUAUGGAAACUUCCCUGCUCAGUGGAAGGCCUUCUGGGACAAGACGGGCAAGCAGUGGUCCACAGGCGGUUUCUGGGGCAAGUAUGCCGGCGUCUUCAUCUCGACUGCCAGCGCGGGUGGUGGUCAGGAGUCGACAGCAUUGGCCAUCAUAAGCACUCUCACUCAUCACGGCAUUAUUUUCGUUCCGCUGGGCUACUACCCGGCGUUCGGACUCUUGACCGACCUAUCCGAAGUUCGCGGCGGCAGCCCAUGGGGUGCUGGCACCUUUGCUGGUGCUGAUGGCAGUCGCCAGCCAAGCGAUAAGGAGAAAGAGCUUGCCCGCAUCCAGGGCGAGAAGUUCUACCAGACGGUUGCCAAGUCUGUCGAAAUGCGGCUCCAUUACCCUUCCGAACCCUCUGAUCGGGACCUCCCCUUCACCGUGGCUGUACACAGCCCAGAUUUUGCCACGCCUCAUGAUACUGCAACCCACACCAGCCUAGACGACGUCUGGGCCGACGAUCCAGCCACCAUUCCCAACUCUCCCGACUUUUCACAAUACCGCCAGCCCUAUCAACCUGAAGGAGAGCAAUCCCUACUGCAGCGGCAGCAGCAACAGCUCCCUAUUAGUGAUGUCCCCCGCUUGCAGCAAUCGUACACGACGCUCGGCUACCGCGAUGGCAUUGCCGAGGGCAAGGCCAAAACGGCGCAGGCAGGGUUUGACGAGGGGUACGGCCUUGGCGCGACGCUGGGCGCUCGUGCGGGGAUGUUGCUCGGUGUGUUGGAGGGUCUGGUCGGGGCUGUCGGUUUGAGGGCGCUGCAGGUUUCUGCUGCUGCUUCGUCAGCGGCGGCGGAGGGGACAUCACUGUCAGCAGUGGUAGGGAGGAGGGAAGGGGGACAGGAGGAUGAUGAUGGCAACGAGGGGGCGAUCAUGAGGAGGGAAGCAGUCCGUCUGGAGGACUUGCUCCAGCAGGCGCGGCAGGAGUUGCGCAUUGCGCCGGGUGGGAAUGGCGGAGUGUUUGCCGCGGAGUACUUUGACCUUGCGGAUGGCACGUGGCGGUACGAAGUCUUGGGUCAAGAGCAUCGGGAGGGGGAGGUGGUCUUUGCGGAUGUGGCAGAUGCACAUCCCCUCGUGAGGAAGUGGGACUGGAUUGUUAAGGCUGAGGCUGCAAGAUAUGGAAUUGAUUGGGAUGUAUUAAAGGAUGAGGAGGUUGGCAGGGAUGAGGAAGAAGAUGACGGAGAGGAGGAUCUGGCUCGCGGAGGAAAGGCAAGAAGAGAGAGGCAAAGCAGGUCCCUUGUGAGGAAUGCCGGAGUGCCGGCUCUAGAUUGGUAA